GUGGCAGGUGCCGCGCAGUUGCAGCGCUGGACUUUUUGUAAAAGAAGGAGGCGGCUCGUUAAAAUUCCGUUUAAUUGUUUCUACGGGAAUUAAGUGAUUUUGUACUUUCGCACAAUGUCAGAGACUGAUCCUAAAUCUGUGCAGGAUCUGACCUCAGUGGUCCAGGCACUGCUUCAGCAAAUGCAGGACAAAUUCCAGACCAUGUCCGAUCAGAUCAUUGGGAAAAUCGAUGAGAUGAGCAGCCGUGUUGAUGACCUGGAGAGGAACAUCGGGGACCUCAUGACGCAGGCCGGUGUGGAGGAAGGUGACGGAGAGACCAAGACCAAGGAUGGACAAGAGUCAUGACAAAGGGGGUUCACAGGCAGCAUUCUACAAUGACUCCACAGGAGAAGCAGGAAAAGUGCUUUUUUUUUUUCUUUACAGAUUUUAUGUGCAGUUUUUAUACUGACUGUUGUAAUAAAUACCAGAAUCCUGACAGGGUAUACAUUACCUCUCCCCAUUUCAAAACAAUCUGAGAAUAACAGGCAGAGCUGGGGAUGGUUUGCCCAGCAGUAAUGCCCUCAGGUUAGAUGGACCCCAUUCCAUCUUUUAUUCAGGUUCCAUUAAAGAGUUUAUACGAAAUUUCCUACAAGGUUUUUUUUUUUUUUUUUUUUU